CGGGGCCGGACCGGGCCGGGCCGGGGGUGCGAGGCGGCGGAGGCGGACGAUCACUUGUUGUGAGCUGGUGGUGUGGAAGGAGCUGAAUGAAUGGCACAGUCGAGGCAGAAGGGAAGUUUGCGUUUCGUGCUCUCUGCUGGCCACAGGAUACAACCAGCGUUGUGCCUCUGAAGCCACCUGGAAUCAUUGGAGCUGCGUGUCCUGAGGGACUCCUGAGGACCGCCGAAGGAAGGGCGCCAUGAUGGAUAACCGGUUUGCCACAGCACUGGUGAUUGCCUGUGUGCUCAGCCUCAUCUCCACCAUCUACAUGGCAGCUUCCAUUGGCACCGACUUCUGGUACGAAUACCACACCCUGUCCCCAGCUGAGAAUGUUAGUGAAGCUGGUAGAAGCAUCUGGGAGGAGUUUUUCAGCAAAGAUGCAGAUGAGAAGACCUACACAGAUGCGCUCUUCCGGUGCAACGGCACGGUUGGACUGUGGCGGAGGUGUAUCACUGUACCCAAAAACUCUCACUGGUACAGCCCACCAGAAAACGACAUGACUACAAACUGCAUCAGUUUUUCCCUCUCUGAUCAGUUUAUGGAAAAGUACAUUGAGCCUGGAAAUCACAAUAGUGGCACAGAUUUGAAUCGGACUUAUCUCUGGCGACUGCAGUUUCUCCUACCCUUUGUCAGCAUCGGCCUCAUGUGCUUUGGGGCUUUGAUUGGGCUCUGUGCCUGUGCCUGUCGCAGCCUUUACCCAGCCAUUGCCACUGGAGUCCUGCAUUUCCUAGCAGGGCUUUGUACACUGGGCCUCGUUGGCUGCUACGUAGCUGGGAUUGAACUGCUCCACAAGAAGCUGCCUCUGCCUGAUGACGUGAGGGGCGAAUUUGGCUGGUCCUUCUGCCUCGCCUGUGUGUCGGCACCUUUGCAGUUCAUGGCAGCUGCUCUUUUCAUCUGGGCAGCUCGCACCAACAGGAAGGAGUUCACCCUCUUGAAAGCGUACCGGGUAGCAUAAGUGCUGCUGCCGCACUUUGGGGUCUCCAUGUUAAAGCCUCCUCUCCUCCCAGCCUGUACUACUUUUUUCUUUUAGUCAGAAUUUUAUCAUGUACUGCAUGCUUCUUGCCAGUGGAGACAAUUUAGCCUGUGGGCCCUGAAGACAAAGACCUCUGGGCUAAAUGACCAAACUCUGCCAGAAGUCUGCAGAACUUGAACAGGUUUUUUAAUUGGGUUUUUUUAAGAAUUGCUAUUAUUUUUUAAGCUUCAUUGGUUGUUGACAAUUCCCCUUAGUUAGGUGUACAUGCCCCUUCCUAAUUUUAUUACCCUGUCAGCCUGGAGGAAAUAGAAGUGGUGGUGUGGAGUGAAAGAGAGAUAGGAAAGGGUGCAGGUAGGCAAGAAUGGGCACCUCAGUGCACAAAUAAUAAAUAAUCAAGAGCUGUCUGCUGUGUGACCCAAGCAGGCAGUACCUACAAGGGAGCACCCAAGAGACGUGGGGGAACUCGGAAACCUCCGUUACAGAAAUACUGUAGCUAAGUCAGUCUGUAGCUUAGCUCUGGGUCUCCUAUUCUCACUGGUUUGCUACGUCUUGUGGCAUCUGCCAAAACUGAUGGAGGCAGAGCAGCCAGCUGUGGGAGUGCCUGCACAGCACACCCUCCUAAGUGCAGGCUCUGCACUUGCUUCUGCCAAGGAGUGGGAUAAGACGGCCCUCAUGGAGCUCUGUGCUGCUCUAGCUACACUGCUUCCAGGACCCAGGCUAGUUUGGUAUCUGCACUACAUGUGAUUGUGCACUCUAAUCUUAACUUGUGGUGCUUUUGCUUGCUGUGAAAUAAGGCUUUCUUCUCUCCUGUUGAAAAUGACCUCCUCACAAGUUUUUUUGGUUUUAAUUUGGUUUAGUGUAUGUGUGUAUAUGUACAUAUAUAAACUUAACUUUUUUUAAAUCUCACCUGUUUGUCCUAUAUAACACACAACAGGUUUUUUUUAAAAGGUGCUGCUCUUUUCCCAUCUUGCCCAAAACCUAAUGUUUAAAUGAAAUAAUAAAAACUAAAAAAUCAGAAAUUUUCAGC